UCCCACCCCGGACACCCCUCCUGACCCCCCCGAGGGGCCGGCGGCGGGCAGCGGGGAGGCGACAGCCCCGCAGGGUGCGGGGGAACCCCGCGGAGCGGAGGGCGAUGGGAGAGACCCGGAGGGUGACGGGGAGGACACGGGGGGCUCAGAGGGGUGCGCGGGGGGAGAGGCUGCCGGGGAUGGCGGGACAGAAGCACCCAGGGGUGCCAGGGGCGAUGCCGGGGAGACCGGGGAUGGCGAGGGCGAUGCCGGGGCAGGGACAGCCGGGGACACCGAGGGGGGUGCCGGGGGCGAACCGGUGCCGGCAGCAGCGGGCAGCACCCGGGGCCGGCAGGAGCCCACUUGGCAUCAGGACGAGGACGAGGAGCUGUGGCCUGAGUUUCCCCCGUGCUCGUCCCCAGAGGGGGCCACCAGCCCCACAUCCCCCACCUCCCCUGUGUCCCCCACCUCCCCUGUGUCCCCCACAUCCCCCACGUCCCCAGCAUCCCCCACGUCCCCCACAGCUGGCACCACCGAUGGCACAGAGGGUGGCAAGAGGGGUGCUCCAGCAGGGGGGCCGCGGGGCCGGGCACCCCCUGGUUCGGCAGGACAGAGACCGAGGCUGGAAGGGGCCGGGGGGAGGCCACGUGUGGGGUCCCGGGCGUAUGGACGCAGUGCCAUCCUGGAAAAGUUUGGAGGGGCCGCCACGGUCAAGACGAUGCUGCUGGAGUGGUGCCGCUCCCGCACCCGCGGGUACCCGAACGUGGACGUGCAGAACUUCUCCGGGAGCUGGGGCAGCGGCCUGGCCUUCUGCGCGCUCCUGCACAGCUUCUUCCCCGACGCCUUCGACUUCGGUGCCCUCGAGCCCGACGCCCGCCGGCACAACUUCGCCCUGGCCUUCGCCACCGCCGAGGAGCGGGCGGGCUGUGCCCCGCUGCUGGAGGUGGAGGACAUGGUGCGGCUGCCGGUGCCCGACGCCAAGUGUGUGUACACGUACGUGCAGGAGCUGUACCGCUGCCUGGUGGCCAAGGGGCUCGUGAAGACCAAGAAGCGCUGAGGGGGUCCCCCCACCCGUGCCACCCCCAACCUUGUCCCUCUGCCUUGUCCCCCAGCACUAAAGGCCACGGUGCCAGGCA